GGGGGGGCGUGUCCGGGCGCUGCCGCCGCCGCCGCCGCCACCCGAGGGGAGCGCGCGGGACCGUGAGGGCGGCGGGAGCCGCGCAGGUUAUCCAGGAAAAGAAGGAAGCCUCUGGAGCGCUGCUGUGUCACCAUGGGGUCCGUGGUGUGGGAAUGUGGUUGAAAUUUUAAUACUUCAUUCAUGCCACAGAAGGCUGAGAGGGGAAAAAAAAAAAAGGGAAAAUUUCUCAAAUACCAUCUCCUGGACUGAGCUGAGGAUGUUGAAUACAAAAGCUCUUCCAGCUGGGAGGAACCUCAAGCAAGGCCUGGAAAUAUCAAAGUGAAAACUGCGGAUCCACGAGGAGCUGGAAGAUCUUCCUGCCUGGGCUGCGCCCCUGGCCCCAUUCCCGGUGUGGAAGGAUGGCUUUUGGCUGGAUGCUGUGUUCCCUGUGGAUUUUGGAUGUCUGGGUGGCCCCCACGGGAGGGCACAGCCUGUUCUCCUGCGAGCCCAUCAUCCUGAGGAUGUGCCAGGAUCUGCCUUACAACACCACCUUCAUGCCCAACCUCCUGAACCACUAUGACCAGCAAACAGCAGCUCUGGCAAUGGAGCCCUUCCACCCCAUGGUGAACCUGGAAUGCUCCCGGGAUUUCCGGCCCUUCCUGUGUGCCCUGUACGCGCCGGUGUGCAUGGAGUACGGGCGGGUGACGCUGCCCUGCCGCCGCCUGUGCCAGCGAGCCCACAGCGAGUGCUCAAAGCUCAUGGAGAUGUUUGGGGUCUCCUGGCCGGAGGAUAUGGAGUGCACCAGGUUCCCAGAUUGUGACGAGCCCUAUCCUCGCCUGGUUGACCUCAACUUGGCCGGCGAGCCCACGGAGGAGGCCCCGAUGGCCGUCCAGCGGGAUUACGGCUUUUGGUGUCCUCGGGAGCUGAAAAUCGACCCGGACCUGGGUUACUCCUUCCUGAGGGUCCAGGACUGCUCCCCUCCUUGCCCCAACAUGUACUUCCGUCGGGAGGAGCUGUCCUUCGCCCGCUACUUCAUCGGCGUCAUCUCCAUCGUCUGCCUCUCGGCCACCUUGUUCACCUUCCUGACCUUCCUCAUCGACGUCACCAGGUUCCGCUACCCGGAGAGGCCGAUCAUCUUCUACGCCGUGUGCUACAUGAUGGUGUCCCUGAUCUUCUUCAUCGGCUUCCUGCUGGAGGACCGGGUGGCCUGCAACGCCUCCAGCCCCUCCCAGUACAAGGCCUCCACAGUGACGCAGGGCUCCCACAACAAGGCCUGCACCAUGCUCUUCAUGGUGCUCUACUUCUUCACCAUGGCCGGCAGCGUCUGGUGGGUCAUCCUCACCAUCACCUGGUUCCUGGCGGCCGUGCCCAAGUGGGGCAGCGAGGCCAUCGAGAAGAAGGCCCUGCUGUUCCACGCCAGCGCCUGGGGCAUCCCGGGCACCCUCACCAUCAUCCUCUUGGCCAUGAACAAAAUCGAAGGCGACAACAUCAGCGGCGUGUGCUUCGUCGGCCUCUACGACGUGGACGCGCUGCGAUACUUCGUGCUGGCCCCUCUCUGCCUGUACGUGGUGGUGGGAGUCUCCCUCCUCCUGGCCGGGAUUAUCUCCCUCAACCGCGUUCGCAUCGAGAUCCCGCUGGAGAAGGAGAACCAGGACAAGCUGGUGAAGUUCAUGAUCCGCAUCGGCGUGUUCAGCGUGCUGUACCUCGUGCCCCUGCUGGUGGUGAUCGGCUGCUAUUUCUACGAGCAGGCGUAUCGGGGCGUGUGGGAGACCACGUGGAUCCAGGAGCGCUGCCGGGAGUAUCACAUCCCCUGUCCCUACCAGGUCACUCAGAUGAGCCGUCCAGAUCUGAUUCUGUUCCUCAUGAAGUAUCUCAUGGCCUUGGUCGUUGGGAUCCCCUCGGUGUUCUGGGUUGGAAGCAAGAAGACCUGUUUUGAGUGGGCCAGCUUCUUCCACGGGCGCAGGAAAAAAGAAGUUGUCAACGAGAGCCGCCAAGUGCUGCAGGAGCCGGACUUCGCUCAGUCCCUCCUGAGGGACCCCAACACCCCCAUCAUCCGAAAGUCCAGGGGCACUUCCACCCAGGGCACCUCCACCCACGCCUCGUCCACCCAGCUGGCCAUGAUGGAUGACCAGAGGAGCAAGGCCGGCAGUGUCCACAGCAAAGUGAGCAGCUACCACGGCAGCCUGCACCGCUCGCGGGACGGACGGUACACUCCCUGCAGCUACAGAGGCGUGGAGGAACGACUACCUCACGGCAGCAUGUCGCGACUGACCGAUCACUCCAGGCACAGCAGCUCCCACCGGCUGAACGAGCAGUCACGGCACAGCAGCAUCAGGGACCUCAGCAGCAACCCAAUGACACACAUCACGCACGGCACCAGCAUGAACCGCGUCAUCGAGGAGGAUGGCACCAGUGCCUGACGGCGAGGGAGAGCUUGGAGUGCUCGCAGGGCUCGCGGUGCCUUCCUCAGCGAGGUGACACCUCAGUAUUAUCCUCAUCCUCUCGUCAGGUGCUGAAUUUUGGGCAUCAGGAAGCCGGAGUUGGCGUCUCCGUGUGGCAGCCACUCUGUGGGACUUGCCUCGGAGCUGGAGGGUUCAGCUGUCUUGAGUUACUGAGUAAAAAGCUGGUUGUCUCCUCUGAACCUCUCUGUAGGUAAUUAUUUAUUUGAUAACUGGUCCUCAGCAGACACAACUACUGAAUUUCUUAUUCUCCGUGGAAAACAAUCUCCCCCUUCUCUCUCCCUCCUCCCUCUGUCCCUCCUCCCUUGGGCUCCGCGCGUCGGGAGGUGCCACCCCCCAAAACUCGGUGUCGGGGUUGUGCUGGGAGUUGUUCUGAUGAGACUUAAGGGAACUCUUGAUGGUUGAAGGAAUCCCUCCGUGCACCUCCCUCGAGGCACCCGAUGAGGGGACGCACCCAGCGCUGCCCGAGGGACGUCUGAUCGAGCUGGCAGCGUUUGGUCACACGGGAAACACCACAGGAAUGAGCAUUUUGGAGAAGGAAACUCCUCUGAGGAUCACCAGCUCUUCCCAGAGCUGUCCAGGCUCAGUUGUCGGGAGGGUGGGGGGAAGAGAGGGGCAGGGAAGAGUGAUUUUUUUAUAACUUGUAUUGUCCUUGCUUUUUUACAAAAGACUAUUUAAAUUUUCUACUCGUUUACAAUUUCUGUAGGAAGAGAUGGGUUUUAAAACCAGUUAUCUAGAUAAUAUUCAGCCAUUUAUUUUUUCGAGUCAUGUACAAAAAAAGCUGAGAUUGCCUGUUCCUGAUCUAUUUUAAAAAAAUUAUAACAGAAAAGCUGAAUUUGUCACCCAAGCAGGAAUGUACAGCCCAGCCCAUUCCUUACAGCCAGAGCAGAGCCUGUUCACAAGCCCCAGCACCCGGGUGAAGAAGGCUGAGGCCAGAAGCACCAGAGGAGUUUAUUCAAGGAUGCCCCACCUUCCUGGUGGUGUCAUGGCUGGUUUGGGGAGGAUUCUCUGUGCUGAGCAAGAAUUCAGAGAUGGGAGGGAGAAAUGGAGGCAGGAGCUGCCCCCAGAUGGGGAAAAAGCAGGAUGUGGCAGCUGGAAGCCCACGGCGUUCCUCGAGGAGGAGACGGGAUCCGCAGUAAAUUGGUGGCUCCUUCCCAGCCAGGUUAUGGAUCCAGCUCUGCUGCAGGUUGUUCUCAUUCCCUGCUAUUCAUGGCAGAGAAUUCUCAGUUUGGGCUUUUUUUUGUGUGGAAAGGAUCUGUUGGGAUGCACUGGAGGCAGAAGUCGAGGCCGGUCGAGGACGGUGCUGUAGAUCUUCUGGAGCGUCUGCUGCCGAGAUUCAUUCAGCAUGAGGAAACACUGCUGGCAUGCAAACCUACCUCAGUAAUUACUGCAGAUCGCUGCUGGGAAAUGAAUCCUUACUUUUGCAUUGUCCUUACAUAAUUCCCUUGCUGACCUGCUGGAGGCAUGUUGAGAAGCCUUUGUGCACCAACCUCGAGGGCAGGGCCGGGGCAGGAGCUCGCGGGGCCGUCCCAGGCAGCGGGGCCAGAGCUGCUCCACAAUUAACUCAUUUUAAUUGCAGCUGAUGACACAACAGCAAAGCUCAUAACCUGUGUGCUGUGGAAUCAAAGGCUGCCCCGGGAGUCGAGACAGAUUUAUCCCAAAUUGUCUUUCUUGCUUCCACCGGGUUUCUUGCUCCGAAGGAGAAGACAAAUAGAGCCCAGCAUGGAAUAACAAAGCUCUUUGCUGUCGGCCUGGGGAGGGAGGUGCUGCACCCAGGGCCCUGGGGCACAGCAGGCUCUGCUUUGCCUGUUUGCUCAGCAAACAGCCCUGGGGGCCAUCCACAGGACCCCAGGGAUAGCCCUGUCCCAGGAAUAACUGCCCAGAUCCACGUGGCUAUGGGAAGUCCUUUUGAGUGACUUAAACUGGAGAAGCUACAACUCCCCGGAAGCCCCAAGGGUGAAACCUUUGUUGUUUUCAAAUUCAGCUCCUAACAAACGUGCUGCUUUAAAGGGGUGAUCUGGGAGAAAUCUGGAUCUGCGGAAGGAGCCAGGAAGCUGACUUUUCCUAAACACUGGAACGGAACUAAAUAAGCUCACGGGUUCACACUGAUCUUCUUGGCUCAAUUUCCAGUACUUUUUUUUUUUUUAAGUAAGUUGUAGCAGUGCUUUGACUUGUUUAGAGACAGGGAGAGGAACGCCGAUGGAGUUUGGAGAAAGAUCCUGCUGGAAAUGUUGUUGAUUUGUGAGGCUCAGUCCCCAUACUGCUUCCAGAUGGGAAUAUCUAAGUCAUUCCUUGCUCAUGGAUCCUAAGGGCACAGACUCCUGUCACCCCAGAGAGGUGAUUAAACCUCAGACUGGAGUUCUGGCUGGGUUUUUUGCCUCCCUGCCCCCUCCCUUCUACCUUCAACACCUGAGGCAGCACACUGUGCUCUCUUGGCAGAGCAUUCCUCCUGGGAGGAGCAUUCCUCACCCAUGGAAGAAUGCCCCAGCUCUGGUGCAGUUCCCCAAAUGGGGCUCACAGGGCUUCAGCUCCCAAAUCAUUGUGCCCAAGGGCUCUGGAGUGCAUCCCAGUUUGAAUGUGACCCCACCACCAUCUCUGGCAGGGGCACCAGGAGUGUUUUUGGGGUGCUUUCCUACCUGGUGAGAGCUCCAGCCCGGGUGCCUGGUUUGUGGGAUUGGUGCCAAGCUUUACAUUCCCCCCGAGCUGAAACCCCCGGCCAGGAAGGCAUUUCUGCAGUCACUGCAGUGCUCUGUGGGCUCCGGGCUCCCCGGAUGUCCCUGCAGCUGAGCACACGUUCCUCGUGGAGUCCCUACAGCGCUUUGUCCCUCCCCAGCAGCCACCAAAGGCUGGAUCCUCUCUCCCAGGGAGCAGGCAGGGAAACUGGACAAUGCCUGGCUUCUCCAGCUCAUCCCAAGCUUUGUGCCUCCCCCUCCUGCGCACACGAUGGCUGCAGCCCCAAAACUCUGCUCUGUGAAAUUGCUCCGUAAAACGCACGGCUUCUCAUUCCCGGUAUUCCCAGGGAUCUCCAGCUCCUGUUUUACCAAGCCAGCUGCGCUGACAACAGAUCCCAGAUUAUGUGCUGUUCCUUCUUAAUCCCUUUGUAGCUCCCGUGGUUCACUGAAAUAUCCCGGAUCAGAGCUGCAGUCGGCGUUGCAUGGAAGAGGCCGCUCCUCUUUUUUAAAGCAUGAACAAUCCCAACAGCAGCAAAAAGCCACACUUGGGUGUAGAUGUGUUCGUGUUCUCCCUUUUCCUCCAGCUUAGACCCAAAUUUUGUGCUGGAAGCGUUAAGACACCAGCUCUGGGGGGGUCAGUGGUGAGCAGCGGAUGGCACUGGGAGGCUCCGGCUGAAAUACGGUCACGGCCAAAUCCAGCACCGCUCCCAUGUUGUUCCAGCAAGGAGGGAAGGGAAAAUCCCUCCGAAAGGGCACAAGGAGAAGAGUCAGGCCAGCUGUAGAGCAGUGCCCACCCUUCCAGGGGAGCUGAUUCUCCAGCCCAACUCCAGGGCACUGAGGAUCACAAAAUACCAGUGGGGAGCCGGCAGCUCCAGGUGUGUGGUGAAACCAGGGCACAGCAGAGCAGCCCCUGCACAGGAGACAUCCUGAGGUCCACCUCGAGCAGCAGAAUGUCCAGUUGAAUGUGAAACUUUCCCCCAUCCCCUUGUGCUUCUUUUGUAAAGGGAUCAGGAUGAAUUUUCCCUGGAGGCGGGGCGUUCUCCCAGUUUUUGCCCGUGGGGUCCGUGCAUGGGGAACUCGGUGCAUGUGAUGCGCUGCCGCCUCUUCCAGCCCUUCCCUCGGCACUCCGGUGUCCGUGCUGUGACAACAUCCAACUCCUCAGGAGAGGGGAAGGAGCCCCCAUGGCCGUGAGACCUCCACAUAGCGGAAUGUGUGGGGCAGUCCCUGCCCGUGGCUGACCCCACUUGCACUCGGCUCUUGGUAGACUUUGUUUACAGUAGUCCAGUGUGGGUUUUGUAACGUUUAAUUUUUAGCACUUUAACUGUGAGUGUACAAACUGGUUCCCUUGUAGUAGGUGUACAUUUUCAUUUUAGACCUUUGGAAGUUUUUAAUAAAACGAUGGAAAACC